AUGGUGGUUUUGAUUUUUCAUGCAUAUGGGACGAAUGGUAAAAUUUGUAUGUAUGUGGAGCAUGAUGGUCAAGGAUUAGAUGAUUGGUUUGGUUCUGACGUAGAAGAGGAGGAUGGAUAUGAUUCAUGCGCAUAUGGUGGUGAGAAUGAGGACGAAAUAGAUAACCUAACAGAUUUGGAUGUGAAAUUUAAUGUGAAAAUAGUCACUAUGAAUAGGAAAAAGGGUGAUGACUUUCUAAAUAAAUUAUGUGGCAAAGAGGAAGAGGGAAAUAAUCAAAACAUAGAUGAUGAUAAUGGGCAUGAAGAGGAUGCCAAUGUAACUCAACAACAUUCCAUUUUUAAUGAGUUAAUGCCAUUAAAAAGCAGUUCCCAAUACUUGGGUUUGAUUGAGGUUUUAAAGAACUCCUACCAUAUGUGGAGAACAGGCAGUGUGCGAAGCAUAUUUUCCAAAACCUUUUGGAAAAGGUAUAUUGGUGUGCAAUAUGAAAGCCUAUUCUGGAAGGCAUGUGAAGCAACAGAGGGUGGUGCUCAAGCAGUCAAUGAGGGUGAUGAAGUGAAUGAAGGUAAUCAAGGUAAUGUUGUGAAUGAAGGUGAUGAAGUGAUUAAGGGUGAUCAAGUAGUCAACGAUGAUGGAGGAGCAUUGGAAUUCACUCCUUUGGAGUUUGAUGCACCAGGAAAUAGAGAACCUAGUCAGGUUCAUGUAAAACAACAUGGGGAUAAAGAAACACCAGUUAUAGCCCUUUUGAAGAAAAUCAGGAGGAAGAAAUCUAAAAGGAUUAUCAAGUUGAAGUUCGGAAAGAUAGUUGGUAAUGCAGAUGCACAUGGCAACUCAGAAGCUAACCCUUUUAUUGUAGAAUAA